AACGGUCUGGGAGAUGCCCCUUCUGGGCCCUCCGCCGUGCCGAUCCAUUCGAUCGCCGAUGAGCUCAUCGGCGAGUGGCUCGACGACGAGGUGCUGGCGCACUGCCCGAUCGUCCAGGCCGCCGAGGCCAGCCAGCAGUCUGCCCCAGAGACGCCGCUCCAGCUCCCUGAAGAUUGGGCUGGUCUGGCCAGCAUCUUCGGAAAGCUGGGAUACCACCUGGACUCGAAGGACCGCUGGCGUGCACUCGGUUACGCCAUGUACGAGGGUCCCGAGCCCUCCGUGCAGCUCAACGCGAGUCGCCUGCGCACUGUGACGUACCAUUGCAGCCUUGCCUGCACCAUCGGCGGCUGGGACCCGGCUGACGUCCGGAAGGCACGCGCCGUCACGGACAGGAUCACCCAGGACGCGUCGAGGUGCGAGGAGGACCUGCCCAAGGUGCUGCGCGCUCGCCGCAAGAUCAAGGUUAGCGCACUCCCAUUGUGCAAAGAGCUGGGCCAGGACGGGCUCAAGCUGUUGGUCAACACGAAGGCUUUCGCGGAUGAGCCCUAUUACACCCAGUGGUCCAACAUCCUUGCGACCAACCCGGCGCCGAACAUCGUGCCGACGUCCAGGAACAUCGCUGCGAUGGCGGAAAAGGUCGACGACAGGGUCUGGGAAGAGUUGAAGGGGAUGGUGGUCACCAUGUGGGCGCCCUCCGACUUCAACGCUCUCACCCGCCUCCUCGCCUCCCUCAUCCGGGUCAUGCCCUUCAACACGGCCCUCCCAGAGCUGGAAGCGGUCUCCGGCACAACGGUGGACAUGCUCGCCGCAAACAUGCCAACAUUUUAUGCAAUCAUGCAGAAGCCGCUCUGGAGCAACAUCCUUUGCCGACCUCCAAACCGAAGCAACGGCAGUACGAAAGAUCUUCCACGGGUCACCGUGGACCUCCUCUUCCACGAGGGUGUCGACCAGUUCGCCCAGAUCCUGCAGCUCCAGCAUCUCCGUUGCACCGUCUUCCCCGAAAACAGUUUUUUGGCAGCACGCUGA